AUGCACCAAAUCCUUUUAUUAGUCAUGAUGCUUUUGCAUGGAGCCCAUGGGAGGAUCAUCAUGCAAGAUCGCAUUGUUGGAGGACAGGACACCAAGGUGGCAGAAUGGCCUUGGCAGAUCAGCCUGCAGAAGGACGGGCUUCACCUUUGCGGGGGGUCCUUGCUCUCUGAGUCCUGGGUGCUGCUGGUCGCUCACUGCUUCGAGAUGCCCCUGGAUCUGUCGACAUUCACAGUGUACCUCGGGGUGUAUCAGCUGUCUGAACUGAGCAGCCUCAAUGCAGUGAAGAGAGGUGUGAAAAGGGUCAUUACCCACCCAGACUUCACAGAAGAAGGAUCAAGCGCGGACAUUGCCCUGAUGGAGCUCGAUAAGCCGGUCUCUUUCACCUCCUUUAUCUCUCCUGUCUUCCUUUCGUCCCAAAACGUCUCUCUUCCAGAGGGAACCAUGUGUUCGGCUAUAGGCUGGGGUGACAUCCAUGAAGAAGUCAAUCUCCCAGAACCUAAAACCCUUCAGAAGGUGGACGUGGCCCUGAUUGAUAGCAAAAAAUGUGAAGCAAUGUACCGGGGCAGCUUAGGCUAUGGUUCUUCUUACAAUUUGAUUGAGAAAGACAUGAUCUGUGCCGGCUACAAGCAGGGAGGAAAAGACUCCUGCCAGGGUGACUCCGGUGGUCCCCUCAUGUGUAACGUGAAAGGGGUUUGGUUGCAGUUCGCUAUCAACAGUUGGGGUUAUGGUUGUGCCAGGCAGGGCUGUCCUGGAGUCUACACCCGGGUCCAAAAUUACCAGUCGUGGCUCCUGCAAUAUGUGCCGAACAUCCGCUAUAGUGACGGAGGGAAAAGUUCACCUUCAGUCAAUGCAACAAGUACCGCUUCAAACUCACUUUCUCUGGCAAUAAGUCUGAAAGGACAACUGGGUGGAAAGAUGGAAAACUCAACUUUUAAUGCCACCGGCAUAAAGUUGGCAUCAGCGGCUACUUCCUCUCAUGUUUUCUCCAUGACCGGCAUCAUCCUGAUCCUUUUCCCUCUGUUGUUCUUUGCAUAA